AUGAAUAUUAUUCUUUUUAUUGUGACAAUAUGUGUGAGUAUCCCAAGUGUAUUGAUUAAUCUAUUUGCUAUAUAUCGACUUCAUGCUAAUACAAAAUUAAGUGUUUUUGCUUUUCGUACAAUACUUCAUGUUAGUUUAUUUACUACAUGUACAUGUGUACCGUUCUUUUUAAUUGAAUUAUAUUUUAAUUCAUAUUUUCCAUUAUCACCAUCAAUAUGUAAAUUAUGGAUAAUUGUUGAUUAUGCAUCUAUCGUUUGUCUUGGUCUUUUAGUAUGUUGGGCAUCAAUACAACGUCAUAUACUUAUAUUUGGUCCAAUACAUAUUAAAAAACUUCAAUCAAAAUUUAAAUAUAAAUUAAUACCAAGUAUUCUUGCAUUAGGUCUCCCAUUAGCAUGGUAUUCAAUAUUAGCAUCAACAUGUACAUAUGAUAAAAAAUUACAUGAAACAUUUCAAUGUCGUCCAUGUUUUGAAAAUGAAAAAAUUAUUUUUCUAAUUGAUACGAUUUUAAGCUUAAUUUUGCCAUUAUUUAUUACUAUUGUAGUAACAUUUCUCUUAUUAAUACGUAUUAUACGUUUACGUCUUAGAACAUUUCGUUUUCCAUCAAAAAAAUGGCGUCGUUGUAAACGUUUAACACGGCAAAUGAUAUUAUUUUCAUUAAUUUAUUUAAUUGGCCUUGUACCGUAUGUUUUAACAAAUUUAAAUUCUUUAUAUAAUUUUUGGCCAUUGAUAAAUUUGCCUUGGUGUAUACAAAUAGCUGAUGCAUUUACAUAUGUUCCAUGUUGUUUUUCAUCAUUUUUAAGUAUAUAUGCAUUUCCAGAUAUUUGGACGAGUCGAAAAAAUCGUCGUUAUCGGCAUCAUCAUCAUCAUCAUCUUCAAAAAACAAAUCGAAAACAUCGGACAACAUUAGCAAGUACAUCUACAAUGUUAUCGACUAUGACAUGA